AUGGCUUCCAAUACUAUCACGCCGGCAAUGUCGCCGCCAGCUGGCCAGACAUCGAAUUUUGUCAAUCCUGAUUACAUCGGCGGGAGAUUUAUUGUAGUGAACUGCAUUUUUCUGCCAUUAGCUUUACUUGCUUUGGGAGUUCGAACAUGGACGCGGUUGUUCGUUGUGCGGAGCUUUUGCGUGGAUGACUACUUGAUGAUCAUCGCUUGUCUGUUAUCUUGCGUUCUUACCGGAGUGACAUUAGAAAUGCUUAAUUGGGGGCUGGGAAAGCACUUGUGGGAUGUUCCACUGGCUCGCUUCAUGCCGAUGUUCCCCAAGCUGAAUCUCAUCGCGGCCAUAAUCUAUUGCGCCGCAACUGGCUUCACAAAGGUCUCCGUUCUCAUCUUCUACCUCCGCAUUUUCCCAAGUCGCAACUUCCACAUCGCAGUCUGGGUGAUAGUCUUCAUCGCUGCCGGUUACAGUCUCACUAGUAUACUUGCCAAUAUCUUCAGCUGCAACCCAAUCGCCAAAUCCUGGGAUUUGACGAUCACAACUGGAUCCUGUGUGAACAGGCCCGUGUUCUAUUUUGCAAAUGCAGGACUGGGUAUUUUCACGGACUUUGCGACUGUAUCGAUCCCAAUACCCUGGAUUCGCCGACUACAAAUGCCUGCUCGUCAGAAGAUUGCUGUUGUUAGUAUUCUGGCCAUGGGAUGCUUCGUUGGAAUCGUCAGCUGCAUUCGUCUUGGAAGUCUUUACACUCUCUUGAAAAGCUCAGACCUCACCUGGGCGACUGUUAACGCACUCUUGUGGUGCAUCAUCGAGCUAAAUCUUGGAAUUUUCGGCGGCUGCGUCACCGCUAUCAGACCUUUCAUCCGCAAAUACUUCCCCCGCCUACUCGGUCCUUCUUCUGGAGAUGGAUACUCCUCUCAAUCGCGAUCUCGCAAGCACGGACAUCCUCUGGGGUCGAUCCCUCAUAGCGACCGAGUCAACUUCUCAAAUCAAGACAAUCAAUACUCGACGACACUUUCCGUACUCAGAGGUGCACCCGACAAUGGGAGCGAAGAGCAUAUUCUCGCGUCGCAUCCUAGCGGUCAUGCUAAGGAUGGAGAUGGUUCGAAUGGCAUCAUUCGAACCGUCGAAUUUGAUGUGAAAAACAGCUCUACAACAGCGUGA